AUGAAGGAACCUUUAGGCGACGCGACUAAUCCCGGCGCCCAGCCAAGCCUAUUCUCGAAAGCGAGCGGCCUCUUUCGCAGGUCUCACGAUGAGCCCGUCCUUCCCCGAUACUCGGAUCAGAUUGACCCGCGCGACCACUCCGCGACGAUAAUCAAUGGCGACGCGACAUCCUCCACCGCCAACGCGGCCUCGAACCGCGCUUCUCAAGAGAAGAAGACGGGCGCGACCACGAAUGGCGGCCUAGACCACACCGCGUCAAUUAGCCAGGAACCACCGCCGUCAAGACCGAAGGCGGCCGGGACCCAGCACCCUCCGGCGACGGGCAGCAGUCGUCCGGCGGAGAUGGGGAUGGCGCUCCGAAGAGGACGCUGA